GUUAUGCUAAGUUUUGUUUGCAUUUUUGAAUUUUUCGAAUUUCCACAAACCAACGGACAUGUAUGGCGUGCGCAUGCGUUGAUUCUGAUUUAUCGCAAAUCCAUCUGAUCUAAAAAGUGUGUCAAUUCAGGAGCAAAUUUAGAAUCAUCCGUGGAUAUUUUGUGUUUCUUUUGAAGAAAAUAAAAGCACACGAUGGCAUAAGUUAAAAUAAUCAACUAAUAAUCGUUCGUGUUCAAACCCCGCUUGGAAUUCGCUUUCAGAUAACUAAACCCCAGUAGUGGUUAUCCGUAUUGUGCAAUGAUGGAAGUAGUGCUGAAAACGCUCUGUGUUUUAUUGCUGACCAUAUCGUUAGCUCACGGGAAGGAAACAACCUACAUUACGGACGAUGUAUCCGUUUCGGAACUGUUUUCUCUGCGCAUCGAACCGCGUAUGUUUAAUUGGACUUACGAGGGACUGAGCGAGCAGUUUCUCUACCGUUCUUCACUGGAAGGCUAUCCGGAUUUACCGCCAUGGGUGCGCUACAUGUACAGUCCGGAAUACCACUCCGGGUUCCUGUACGGAACACCUCCAUUGCGGAGUGCUGAAACUCGUGUUCCGAUCGAAAUCAUCGCCCUCAACCGGUUGACGUACGAAACAAAGCGCCUCGUACUGAUACUGGCCGUUCAUCGGAAGCAACCGGCGAAGCAUAUCAUUCAAAUGAAGAUUGACAAUUUGAACUGGGUCCAUAUGAUGGAUCCGGGACGUAUUGAAAAUUUGAAAAACAUUUUUCGUAACGAUUUGUGGCCGGAAAGUCGUUCCGAUCUGCACGUUAUCUUCAUGGAUUCCGCCGUCAAGCUAGGCGCCCGUUUACCCUUGCGACCGCAACAGCGGGAAGGCGUGGUGGUGCACCUUGGAAGUAGUGCUGAGUUCUCGACACGGAUGCUUGAAUUGCAGGAGGAAGUGAAGCCAUUGUACAAAAUAUCUUCCUGUACGUAUAAACGAACUUCGGUACAGACGACAUUUGAGAAUUCGGGAUUCAAGCUGGAUUGGUGUGCUUUUCGGCUGGUCACAACGGAGGACGACAUUACCGCGUUACCGCACCAUCCGAACGAAAGUCAUAAGCAUGCCGGGACACGGAAGGACCAUCAGCACGCGUCCCAUUUCCCGGACAAGUGGGAUGCUCCGCUGAAGUCGGAAGUGCCAGAACGAAACUAUAGCGAUGAGAUCGCUAUAUCGUUUGCCAUUCCUGGGAUGAUAUUCGCACUGCUACUUUGCGGUCUGACCAUCAUCCUUUGCUUCCAGCAUGAGAAAUUGCAUGACGACGAUUCAGAAUAUUAUUUCAAUUAUGUUUUCUACAUUUGCACUGACUUCCUUAGAAUGCAAAAAUCUUCGCGUACCGACUACAGCCCCGUCGCGCCAAACGUCCAGAUGGUGCAGUACUCUCCGGAUGAUAUAAACUCCACAAUAAAGCUGAAAAGUCUGCGAGACGCUCCGUUCGACGAUAGCCAAUCGAUUAGUCCCACGGAAAGUUACUACCGCGAUGGAGCUACCCAUAUCGGCAAUAUGUACAUGCGCCCAAAGCCUCCACCAUACAAAUUGGCGGGGAAUGCCAAUUCACCAACGUUGAAGCGCAACGGCAACUUUGAGAUAUGACAAACGGAGCCACGCAUUUUGUUCUGCUAAUUUACUACUAAAACGUCGAUAGCUAUAUGCGGACAAUCGGCACCAAAGGUUUGAAAGCCAUUGGCUUGGAUAAUUAUUGCAAAAAGUAAAACAGCAUCAUAUCAAAUAAUGAUUCGCGCCUAGAUAAGUAUUAAUCGUUUAAAUUCAGCUAAAGGCCAACAUGAUAAUAAAACAUAAUACAUCACUAAUAGUAGGAAUAGUCAA